AUGCCCCAAUUGUCAAACACACUAAAAGCUAUGCUCCUUACAAAAUUGAGGGAAUACAAGUCUGAUUUGAAUAAUUUGAAGAGUGAAGUCAAAAGGAUUACAUCAACUAACCUGAACCAAGCUGCGAGAGAUGAGUUGCUGGAAUCAGGGAUGGCUGAUGCUUUGACUGUUUCAGCUGAUCAAAGGACAAGACUUUUAAUGUCGACGGAGAGGGUAACCAAGUCCAGUGACAGGAUCAGGGAAAGUAGAAAAACUGUGCUGGAGACGGAGGAGCUUGGUGUUUCUAUUCUUCAAGAUCUUGAUCAGUAGAGACGGUCUCUAUUGCAUGCCCAUGACACGGUAUAGAAACUGAAAUAUUAUUGUUCGUUAAUUCUGCAUUUGAUCAGCUAGUAUGCAACUUGUAAUCAUCAAAACAACAAACAAAUUUCAUAGUCUGCUCAUAAUCUGCCUACUUUAUUGUUUCAGUAUUUUAUAUGUUCAUUGCUCUAUGCAGAGAGAUGAGAAUAUGAGUCUAGCCUGAACCUAGUUAAUUUCCCAUUUGGAUACAAAAUUAUUUUUUUAAUGUCUUUGACAAAAUUUAGUUUCCGUAUAUGAUGGAUCCUGAUACAGAAACAAAAACAAUGAGUGUUUCCAAAUGGAUGAUCUGAUGUACUUUUUUAAUGGUCGGCUGGUUGGUUGGUUACAACUUCAUGGCGUUGAUGACAACAUUGGCAGAAGCAAGAAAAUAUUGACAAACAUGUCAAGGAGGAUGAGCAGGAACAAGUGAAUUAUUGGCUCCAUUAUUGCGGUCCUGGUGCUUGCUAUUAUCUUGAUCUUGUACUUCAAACUUAAGAAGUAGAUAAACUUAUUGUCGAUUUGGGUGUGAAAGAAAACAUGUUAUGUGUGUAGUUCAUUGACCUCAUCAUCUCUUAUUGAGUUCAUUCUUGCAAGUGUGAUUGUUACUUGUUGAAAUUCAUCAUUAUCAAUUGAAACAAGAGUUAUGAACAUAAUGUGUGCUGUGAAUUAGACACUUUUAUGAGAAAAUUGUGUAAUAAAAUAUGUGUUCUCGUUAUU